AUGGACGAGGUGGACGAUAUAUUGGACCAGAACCUGGAGGAAGAGGAGGACGACGUGGACGUGGACGUGGAUGCGGAUGCGGAGCAGGACGACAGCGAUGAGGACGGCGAGGAAGGUGAGGAAGGUGAGGAAGGUGAAGAAGGUGAAGAUGAGGAUGCCGAUGGAGAUGAGGAUGCCGAUGGAGAUGAUGGUGACGGUGAGGACGAGGCAGAUGGCAAUGGCAAUGGCAAUGGUAAGAAAGAACAGACGGACGAUAGCGACAACCAUGUGGUGCAUGACAACGACAAGAUCUACAACUACUACAAGCAGAUGCGUCUGAACUCAAAGCUGGCGCAGAGCUACACCAUCUCCCCGUUUGCGGCUAUACCGAUCCAGACAGACGUCAACGCUCUCGCGGUGUCAAAGGGUCUUCGCAACUUAUUCCUCGGAGGUGCCGACGGGUACAUACGGAAAUUCGACCUUUUGGGAACUCUGGAGGGGAAAACUACCCUGACCAUCAUACAGAAACACUCCCUUGCAGAAUCUAUAGAGUAUGCAGGUAUCCUGCAGUCUUACUGGGAGAACGAGAUCCCUCAGAAGAAGUCCCAGAUCACACCCACAGCGAACGGGAAGGAAUAUAUACCGAAAGUGAGCCCAGUGAACUCCCUGGCGGUGCACGACGAGUGUCUCUUCCUGCUGAGCGGCUUGGAAAAUGGUGGCAUCACGUUGCAAGGUGUACGUUACAUGGAAGGAAAGAUAGGCCAUUACUUCUACCCUGGUGGACCAAAGAGAAACGGCCACUCAAACGUGGUCAAUUUACUACAGCUAGGCGCAGACCAGACUAAGUUCUUGAGUGGCUCUUGGGACAAGAAAAUACUAGAAUGGGAUUUGAACGGUACGGGCUCGAUAUCCAACGAAUUCAAAGGUGCAAACUCUGAACUGUCAUCACUAGAGUUCAGACCGUUGUUCUCGUCUGUGGUGGUAGAAGAUUUUGGAAAGCCCGAGGAACAAUACCCAAUGCCGAGCGCAGAAGGAGAUAAUAAGAGCACAAUUGGUAAUGGCGAUGCAGAGGCUGAGGAGGAUGACGAGAUGAACUCUUUAUUCGGAGAUGAUGAAGAGGAGGACGAAGAAAUGAAAGACGCGGUGGAAAACAUAGAGGAUUUAAAUGAGCGCCAAGAGAGUAAAGUAGCCGAACAAGAAGAUCAACAGGCCAAUAGUAAUUCUCCAAAGACAGAAAAACAAGAUAGUAAAAGCCCCACUAAUCUGUCCAAAUCGGAACUCGAGGAAAUCUCGAAAUCCUCACUCAAAAUCGAAUACGAUGAAUCCGUGUUCAUGACCUCAGGCUUAAAUGGUUCUGUACAAAUAUGGGACCGUAGAAUAAACACCGCACCUGUGCUAAACAUGAUGAAGAGUUCGACAACUCCACCUUGGUGUCAAUCUGCAUGUUGGGGUACAGAUGGUGACACAGUCUAUGCAGGAAGAAGAAACGCGUGCGUCGAAGAAUUCAGUUUAAGAAUGCCAUCCGAACCAAAAAGUACUCUAAAACUACCAAGCAUAUCUGGCCCGGUGACAUGUAUCCAGUCAAUGCCAAAUAACUCUCAUAUAUUGUGUGCCUCAAGAGAUAACAUAAGAUUAUUUGAUAUAAGACAGGCUGAACAGAAAUCAAAGUCACCAUUCCUUAUUGUUCCAGGCCACCAUGGUGGUGCUAUAUCUAACAUAUAUGUUGAUCCAACUUGUAGAUUUAUGAUCAGUACUAGUGGUAACAGAGGGUGGCAAGGUACAGCAACUGACACCACAUUCAUUUAUGAAAUUGAUCUUGAAUGA